GGAUGGACACGCUGAACGCGAAGCUGUACCUGCAGAACUGCUACAUCAUGAAGGAGAACGAGCGGCUGCGCAAGAAGGCGCAGCUGCUGAACCAGGAGAAUCAGGCCCUGCUCACCAAGCUCAAGCAACGCCUCGCCAAGACGGCGGCGGCCAACAACAACAGCAAAGCCAACGGCAACGGGAACUCCGCGGCGGCAGGGAACAACCGUGCGCCCAUCCCCGACCUCAAUGACGCCGCUCCAGGGGCGCACGGCGGCCAUGAGAUGAAGGCGGCGCCCAAGUCCAAGAAGGCGGUCGCAAACUGAUCGCUGCAGCUUGUUGCUGUCGCUCGUGAGCUAGAAGUCUGUAGUUCUUAUCAAGGGUUUACUUCUGGAUGUUAGGAUUGUGUGCUUAAAUUUAGCUAAUGGGUUUGCAUGCCUAGGGGAAAAAAUCGGUCUGAAAAAUCUGGUAAAUCCAGUUUAUUGGCAGUACCGGUGGUCCUGGUAAAAUACUAAACUGGUUAAAAUAUUUCGGUUAAAUUUGAUUUUAGAAACAUAUAAAAUGAACCAAAGAGGUAAAGAAGAAGAAACAACGUUGUAGUGCAAUAGCACAAUAUUUUUUCUGAUAGGCUAAGGUCUCAUUGUUUGAGUCCUGCUAG